GCUUACACUGGUACUGGGUGACCUCUGAUACUGUUGAAGCUCCAGAAAGAAGGCAACUGAAGAUGGCUUGGGAUGGUGGAGGACAUGAAGCCAAUGGCACAGAGGGCAAGAACUUCUACAUCCCCAUGUCCAACAGGACUGGGGUUGUUAGAAGUCCUUUUGAAUACAACCAGUAUUAUAUGGUAGAUCCAAUGACCUACAAGCUGCUAGCUUUCUACAUGUUCUUCCUGAUCUGCACUGGAACUCCCAUCAAUGGUCUGACAUUGUUGGUAACGGCUCAGAACAAGAAGCUCCGGCAACCUCUCAACUACAUCCUGGUCAACCUGGCUGUGGCUGGACUGAUCAUGUGCGCCUUCGGAUUCACCAUCACCAUCACAU